CUAUAUACAACUCUUUCCAUACUAUUCCCUUGGGUUUGACUUUGACUUUAUGGACUAUAUAAGACUCACUCCCAUUUGGCUCAUCCUCUUCAAUUCAAACCCAUUCAUACAUUGUUCAACCAUUUCCUUUUCUGCCCUAACCAUUCUUAGUAACUCUUGAGGUUCUUUAAUUUAUUGUUGUCAAUGGAAGAGAUUGAAGUUCCUUCUUACUUCCUUUGCCCUAUCUCUCUUGAAAUCAUGAGGGACCCGGUGACGGUGUCCACCGGAAUAACGUACGACAGGGCGAGCAUCGAGAGGUGGAUAUUUUCGGGCAAGAACGCCACGUGUCCGGUCACCAAACAGGUCCUGAGUGUUGCCGACGACAUCAUGCUGACUCCCAACGUCACUCUUCGGCGCUACAUCCAGGCGUGGUGCACCCUCAACGCGUCCCAGGGCAUCGAGAGGUUCCCCACUCCCAAGGCUCCAGUCACCAGACCUCAGGUAAUGAAGCUGCUGAGGGAUGCUCAGUCGCCGCACAUGCAGAUGCAGUGCUUGCGGAGACUGAGGUCCCUCGCGUCCGAGAGCGAGGCGAACCGUAUCUCCCUCGAGAAGGCCGGCGUGGUCGAGUUCUUGGCCACGAUCAUAAGAAACGACAACGAUACGAUGUCGUUUUCAUCGUGGGGCCCGCAGGACGAAGCCCUGAGUGUACUUCAUAGCCUCAAGUUAUCAGAUUCCAAACUAAAAUCUCUCCUCAAGUGUAGAGAUUCAAGUACACAACCUCAAGCUAUAGGAUACGACGAUGAAUUCAUCGAUACGUUGGUUCGGGCAAUGCAACGUCUGGGGCACUACGAGUCUCGGGCCUUGGCCGUAACGCUUCUCAAAUCGAUGCUUGAAUUAGCCGAGCCGUUGCAGAUCAUGGGAUUGAAGCAAGGGCUUUAUGUUGAAGUAGUCCAAAUUUUGAAGGACCAAAUAUCCCAAAAGGCAUCAAAAGCAUCACUCCAACUCUUGAUCAAUGUGGGCCCAUUCGGAAGGAACCGGAUAAAGGCGGUGGAGGCCGGGGCGGUGGGAGUGCUAGUCGAUCUCCUCCUCGACACGACCGAGAAACGGACGUGCGAGAUGAUCUUGACCGCACUAGAUCUGCUCUCCCAGUGCGCAGACGGGAGAGCUGAGCUAGUGCGACACCCGGCCGGACUGGCCGUGGUGUCCAAGAAAAUCCUUAGGGUUUCGCACGCGGCGAGCGAGAGGGCGGUGAAGAUAUUGUACUCCGUUUCUAGGUUUUCGGCCACGCCCGGCGUGGUGCAUGAGAUGUUGCAGUUGGGCGUGGCGGCGAAGCUGUGUCUGGUGGCGCAAGUUGAAUGCGGCUGCGGCGGCGGCGGCUCCAAGACCAAGGAAAGGGCUGUGUAUAUUAUCAAGUUGCAUGCUAAGUCUUGGAUCAAUUCUCCUUGCUUACCAGCUAAUUUUAAGUCUUUCUACCUGCCCUCCUCAAAUGCAUUAUGAAAUAAUGCCAAUAAAAAAAUUUAAUUCUUAUACCUGGAAAUGACUUACGGAGUAUAUUUUAGUCUUAUUCAGUUCAAAUUUCACAAUAUAAUACUACCUUCAUC